AUGCCCAAGGACAAAGAUAUCGAGCAGAUUCUCGCCCCGAGGGAGCUUCAUGAACGUAUUAAUACACUUCUUAGGAGGGAGGAUGAUGCGAUGCAAAACUUGAAGUACCUUGAACAGGAUAUAGAAGAACUUUGUACGAUUGCGAAGGCGAUGAAACUCGUCGGAGCAGACCAUGCUGUACAACUUGACAUGGGCGACCAGCGGGUGUCAUUGAACUUCACAAUUGAGGCUUUGACAGACCAUAUUCGACAUUUGUCGUGGCUUAGUCAGCUGCUCGAAGCUUCGGCAUCGGUUGGCGAACCGUCUCAAAUAAUUCCUGCACCACGUCAUGAACCUUAUAACAAGAGCAUCGAGGACUCUGUCACGACCAUGGACCCUUCUGGAACAGCCACAGACUCUGGGGAGGAGCCCAGACUUGCUGAGGAGGACUCUGGCCAUCCUUCAGCAUCGAAGGUUUACACAGCGGAAGAAAUGGAUCAACUUCACGCACGAUUCGCGGAGCUCAAGAUCCAGGUGGCACAGCUUCAGGCCGAGCUAUCCACGUCGUUAGACCACAAUUAUCCAGCCUCAGAUAGCUCAACUACAAUCACAGAUGGCUCAACUACAGUCGCAGAAGAGGGCUUGACUGUAAAGAAGACGAGGUCGGCCAAAACUCAGCCACACAAAUAG